CUUGCCGCAAAUGGCGCACCACUAUGUUGUCCCUGGGGAUUAAUAACAGACUCGUCAUAUACGAACAAUACCUGAAGAGGACUACUUACAAAGUAAGUACCUACCCCAGCUCGGCAAGACUACCACACACUCUCUAUCUAACAAACCCAACUUCCUCCAACAACGACGUCACGAAUCCAGUCAAAUCCAGCCCAAAAAAAGGUACCCGCCCAACACUUUCUCCCACAGCAAAGGGAAAAAAAAUUAAACGGCACAAUAAUCCCCCCCGCCAUAGCAUCACCGCCCAACCCUCCAAAACCUACGCAAACAUGACGCUGACACGCCCUCCACCCCACCAGUACCAGCCUCGCGCGCUCUCUCUCUCCGCCCGCACGACCCCAACACAACCUCCAAGAACCUCCAAGCAACCCUAAAACACGCACCCCCGUCUC